AUGACGUCAGCGGCGUCUGUGACAAACUCACAUGACAAGAUGAACAAAGUAGCAAGAGGAGAGCAAGCCACUCGUCCCUCUCGUGAAAACCUUAGUGUCUCCAUAGCCCCGCCUCCAUCGUCCACCAACACUAAGGUGCAUAUGUGCUAUGAUAUAGGUGCCUUUGAGAAAAGGGUAAAGAUGCGCAAGAGUGCGAGAAGUUUGCCAAGGAUUACCAAUCAGUGUGCCCUUCUGAAUGGAUUGAGAAGUGGAAUGAAGUGGUAG